AGGCUUUCGCUUUCACUUCCCGUGGGCUAAGAGACCGAGUCUUUGUGUGGAGUGGGAAAGGAGAUCAUGGCUCUCCUCGAGGUGUGCGGGGCUCCCCGGGGGCGUCAGGUUUCGUGGGGCACGGGCAGUGGACACCCCCGAGAUCCCGGGCACUACAGCUUCUCCCUAAGGACCCCGGAACUGGCCGUCCCACGAGGGUUGCAGCCUCCUGAGUUCUUUCGAUCGCUGGAGGCAAAUGCUGCCCAUCAAGUCCGAAUUGAGAUGGCUCAUGGGACCACAACACUAGCCUUCAAAUUCCAGCACGGUGUAAUCGUGGCAGUAGAUUCCCGGGCCUCAGCUGGGAAUUAUAUUGCCACUCUACAUGUGAACAAAGUAAUUGAAAUUAAUCCUUACCUUCUGGGCACCAUGUCAGGCUGUGCAGCUGACUGUCAAUACUGGGAGCGACUCUUGGCCAAAGAGUGUCGAUUGUAUAGACUUCGGAAUGGGGAGCGAAUAUCUGUGUCUGCUGCUUCCAAGUUGCUGUCCAACAUGAUGUGCCAGUACCGAGGCAUGGGGCUGUCCAUGGGCAGUAUGAUAUGUGGUUGGGACAAAAAGGGCCCUGGACUGUAUUAUGUGGAUCACAAUGGGACAAGACUCUCAGGGACAAUGUUUUCCACAGGCAGCGGAAAUAGUUAUGCCUAUGGAGUUCUAGACAGUGGUUAUCGACCUGACCUCAGGCCUGAGGAAGCUUAUGACCUUGCCAGACGGGCAAUCGUCCAUGCUACCCACAGGGAUAACUACUCUGGGGGUUUUGUCAAUAUGUACCAUAUGAAGGAGGAUGGCUGGGUGAAGGUGGAGAGUUCUGAUGUCAGUAACCUAUUCCAUGAGUACCUGAAGAGCCAGGAGUGACUCGAAAAUGCAGGAUUGACCUUCCUGGAAAGAUUCAGGGAGUAGAGUCAUCUGAAGCCCAGAAACUGGAGAACAGAAUUCCCCAGGAGAAGAAAAGACAGCAGUCUGAGCCAUACACAAAACAAAAUUCCAAUGAUUUUCUAACUUAGUAAUAUUUUCUGUGCUCAGUCUUGGAAAAUAAAGAAAUGCUUAUAAAAA